UUGGGUUGAACAGUCAUUUCUAAUAAAUUACACCGUCUACGCCAAGAGUUUUUGCCGUAGCUUCCAGGUCGCCUGCUAGGAUUUGAUCGCUGAGUCUUUCGCUAUCAAUAAUUUUCUGCCUGCAUUUGAUGACCAUAAAAUACAAGUUAUAUGAGAAUAAGAACAUCCCAUCUACCACAUCCACACCUUAAAUUAAAAAAAAAAAUGUAUAUAGACAUAAUUGAUGCUUUAUAUCUAACUUAAAACUGAUUUCACGCCUAAACAGCUUUAUCAUUUCCCUCUCGCGUUCGGUAGAAAGAUGUUUCCAAAUUCAGAAGAACAUAAAUGCAGAAAAAUGUAGCGUUGGCACUGUGAGUUCGAUUCGCCACUCUACGGAUCAAUUGUACAUCCGCCAUUCUCUUUGGCUUCAUUUUAUAUGGGCAUUAAAACAUUUGGGCACAGAAUGGCGCAGCGUUUAACAUUAUAUCGUUAUGUUUCUACUCGAGCGGAAGGAAGCCUGUCAUUUGAUUCAGCUCACGAACUUUUUGCUGAAUUCCCUGCAUUUCUGCGACGAAAUUGUUAAAAUUCCUGCUCUUCUUCAGAAAUACGGAACGAAAUGCGAUUGAAUUACAGCAUGCCCAAACCCUAACAAAACCUAAUAAAUCCUUAAAUAUAAGAUGUGCAGUUCAGAGAUGGAAACUGAGCUGGAAAAAGAAGUUGCGGCAUUUUCCUUGCCCGAUAUGACGGAGCCGGGGCACAUGUCGUCCUUUUCUAGCCAGUUGGAAUCCUCAGGUGUCCCAUUUCCGGCAUCUCUUCAGCAGCAUUUUUCCUAUUCUGAUUUGCAGUUGGUGGUGGGCAACAAAAUGCAGCAGGCGAGGGUUUUGGAUAACGGGCAUUCCGGUGACGGUGACGGUGACGGAGAAGACGAGAAGAAACGAGACAGAGAAUUCCAGCAGCUGCACAAGAAGAGGUCGAAGAACUGGUCUAGGGUUGAGACUUUGAAGCUCAUAAAGAUAAGGACAGACAUGGACUCCAGGUUUGCUAGGAGUGGCAGGAAGAGUGAGCUUUGGGAUGAGAUUGCAGAGACCUUGCAGAAGGGGCAGUUUUUCAGAGAUGCACAGCAAUGCAGAGAUAAGUGGGAGAAGCUCAUGGCCAGUUAUAAGGAUGUUAGGGAUGGCCUCAAAAGCAGGGAAGAUAACCCUUACUAUGAUGAGCUUUAUCCCCUGCUCUCUGGCAAAUUGAUGGCGAAGGAGAAAGAUGAGGAUAACAAGGAUUUGAUGUGGCAAAAGGAGUUUGAUCACAGGGAGCAGGUGAAUGUCAGGAUCUGGAAUGAAGAAACCGAAGGGAAGCUGCCAACAUUUAAUGAUAGGUUGGAUGAUGAGGAGGAUGAAGCACAGGAGAUGACCUGCGCACGGAAAAGGAAGCGGUAUCCCAGAUAUGUUUCUGGGGCUGAUGUUGGUGUGGUGAAGGCCCUGCUGGAGACUCUCUUUUCUCAGCAGCAGACCUUCUUCAAGGAGCUUCUAGAGUCAAUUGAGAGGAGUGAGCAAGCUAGAGAGCAGGUUAGGCAGGAGAGGGAGGAGAAGUGGAGGGCAGAGGAGAGGGAACAUCGAAACAUUUUGGAUAAUGCGAUGAUUGUUCUGAUUCAGAAACUGCUUGAUGAUAAAGGACUGCCUUUGUCAUCAUCUGCCAGUUGUGGCAUUCCUUCAGCCCUGGAGAGACAGUGCCAGGGCCCAAAAAAACGUUCCAAGAAUUGGAAAAGGGGAGAGGUGUUGCACCUGAUUAAAUUGAGAGGGGAAAUGGAGAGCAGGUUUGCUGUUUCUAUGAAAAGGGCAAUGCUUUGGGAAGAGUUGGCAGAGGCACUUGAUUCGCAAGGAAUAAAGCGUGAUGGAAAACAAUGCAGGGAGAAAUGGGAUAAAUUAAUGGCUGCCUACAAGGAUGUCAUAGAUGGGAAAAAGGAGAAAGGAGAUCUUCCUUAUUUUUCUGAGCUGAGAAGUAUUGUUGGAGGUAAGGUAGAUGAUGGUACAGAGUCUGAUGAAUUUAAAGACAAGAUGGCCUGCAUUCAUAUUAUUCCUGAAGCAGCAUCUGAAAGGUCAAGAAUUUCUGGUUGAUUUGUAUCUCAGCUGGUGUUUGAGUUAGGUGUUCAGAUUCCAGUUUUUAGAACUAACUUCUACUAGAGAAUUUUUCAACUUGCAAAGUUGGAUAAAUUUUUGAUUAAAUGGUCAAGCUCUUAAAGUUGCUAUCUAGAGAAACUUUCAAGUUUCAGCAUUUACCUUAACAUAACAGUGACAAUUAUAUGGCUGAGAUUUAUUUUAACCUUCCUCACAUGUUCAGAGCAAUAUAUUGGAUCAACCUUAGCAUUUGUGUCA